AUGAGCUCUUUGAAUUACAUUUCUGCAGAGAGUCUAAAAGAUCUUCUAGCAGGAGGUCAGGAUAAAAUCUCAGUAAUUGAUGUUCGUGAUGAUGAUUUUGAAGGAGGCCAUAUUCCUGGAUGCAUUAAUAUUCCAUCCGAACAGUUUCUCGCUUUAGUAGAUGAGUAUGUUGAGCAACUUUUACAGCAAAAGGAUAUUGUUGUCCAUUGCACAUACUCUCAAAUGCGUGGACCAAAAGCUGCCAGAAUCCUUUACGAGACUUUGCGUUCUAAAGCUCAAAAUCUAUGGUCUAAAAAGGAAUUAUCCUCAGUUGAAAAAGAAGAAUCCUUCCAAAAGUUACCUUCUAUCUAUAUACUCCAUGGCGGAUUUCUUGCAUGGAGGUCUCGCUUUGGAAACGUCCCAAACAUGAUCGAAUAA